UGUCUCCCCCUUCAAAUGAAAUAAAUAAAAAAAAUAGAAAAAAUACUCCAUUUCUACAGUGCACUAGGAAAAACUCAAUUUGAGUCCAUAGAUUCGAAGUCCUCACUACUCGAUAAUGGAGAGCUUGAGCAAUGCCCAUGCCUCUCCUUCCAACCUUUGCCGGAAUCCGAAUUCCAACCGCAAAAGUCACCAGAAAAUCAAAUUUCGAGCUAGUCGAGCCUCAUCUGAUACUCUUAGCCUCAAUAGAAGGGCCCUCAUAGGCACAAUCACUGUGGCUUUCACAGCUGCCGAAAUCUCGAUGAAAAUUCCAACAGCUUUGGCGGAGGAGUGGGGUUCGAGGUCGUUUCUUUUAGAGCGAUACUUCAUGCCGAGCCUCUCGCCGGAAAAUGCAGCGGCUAGAAUCAAGCAAACGUCGGAGGGGCUUCAUAGGAUGAGGAGCAUGCUAGAUAGAAUGGCUUGGAGGUAUGUCAUUUUCUAUAUUCGCCAGAAAAUGACUUAUCUCUCCUCUGAUCUCAAGAGCGCCAUGGCCACCUUGCCCGAGAAUCGACGAAAAAGUUACGUCCGGUCGGCCAACGAAUUGGUGGAGAAUAUGGCAGAGUUGGAUUCAUACGUGAGAACUCCUAGAGUGUAUGAGUCCUACUUGUAUUAUGAGAAGACACUAAAAUCUCUGGACGAGUUGGUUGCUCUAUUGGCCUAAACUUUGGGCUUUUGCUUCUAGUUGUUUCCUUUUCUUUUUCAUUUUGUUUUUUGUAUUGUAAUUCUAUUGGUGUAAAUUAUACACUUCAUCUUAUGCAAAGAAAUUUGUGAUGUUGUCUAUUAAUUAAGUUCUUUAUUUUUCUC